AUGUAUCCUAAGUUUAUAUCCUCCUUAUUUCCACUGUCAGCACCUACCCUUGGCAUUGAGCCACUUACCGGUGCAAACUAUGCUUUUUGGAAAGAUCAAUUAAAUUUGACUCUAGGGUUCCUAGACCUUGACUAUGUCAUUCGCCAUGAUGAGUCUGAUGCUAUUGUUGCUACCUCUACUAUAGAUCAAAAGGCGGAAUAUGAGAAAUGGGAAAAGUCGAAUCGCUUGCCACUAAUGACAGUCAAGAACUCCAUUCCCCUUGGUAUCCGAGGAGCUAUCCCGGACUAUGACAAAGUCAAAACUUACCUCAAAUCUGUUGAGGAUCACUUCAAGGGAUCGUCUAAGGCGCAUGCAAGUAGCUUAAUGCUACAAAUGCUUACUCUGAAAUACGAGGGAACUAGCGGUGUUCGUGAACACAUAAUGAAAAUGACUAACAUGGCGAACAAGCUUAAGACUCUGGAAAUGGAAGUCUCUGACAAUUUUCUUGUACAUUUCAUAAUGACCUCAUUGUCUGCUCGUUUCGAUGCCUUCAAGAUUAACUAUAAUGCUAUAAAGGAUAAAUGGAAGAUAAGUGAAUUGAUCGGAAUGUGUCAACAAAGAGGACCGCCUUAA